AUAAUUAUUAUUUACGUCAGAGGGGAUCAUAUUUAAGGUUUAAGUUGAUCAGUUUGCUAAUUAUAAAAGGUGAAAGGUUUGAAACCGGCGAAGAAUAAGAAAUCCAUACUUGUUGAAGCUGCAAUAUGGCAUCUAAUGAUGAAACGAUUUUGGCCUUUCAGCGCUUGGGCUUAAGCCAGCAAAAGGCCAAAGAAACGUUGAAGAAUACCACAGUUACCAAAAACCUUCUUUCUAUUUUAAAUGAAAUAAAAAAUGAAGUUCCAGGAGAACCAAUUGGUAUUCUUCUUUACCACUUGGGUACCAAGAUAAAACCCCAAAUUCACCACCAGCUGCCAAUUCUAGUAAAAUACAUCAUGUCCAGAAAGCUGGACAACACUCUAAGAGUAGAUAAAGCCAUAGAGUUUGCUCUGUCCCAUAUAAAUCUAAUUGAUACCAAUGAGCUAGAAAAAUACUGCGGCGUGGGCGUAGUAGUCACUCCUGAACAAGUGGAGGCUUGUGUAGAAAAACAUAUAAUUCCCUUCAAGGGUGAAUUGAUGGAGAAAAGAUACAAAUUCAAUGCUGGCCCAUUGAUGCAGAAAGUGAGGGAGGAAUUGCCAUGGGCAGAUGGCAAAGCAGUGAAAAAUGAGAUUGAUGUUCAAAUUCUGGACAUACUUGGACCUAAAACUGAAGCCGAUUUAGCCCCGGCUUCAAAGGCAGAUAAGAAGGCUUCUAAACCCAGUAAAACUGAUGCAAAGGCAAAAUGCAAACCCAAAGAAACCAAAGAAGUUGUUAAAGAUGUGCCAGCAGCUCAAGCCCUAACAAUUUUGGACGUAAUGAAGAAAAUCAGCUUCCAUGCCCCAGGGGAGAAUUUUAAAACCGAUGGAUAUGUCGUUACUAAUAAUACUGAAAGGUUGCUGGCGGAGCACUUAAAGAUCACAGGUGGAAAAGUCAGAACGCGUUUUCCUCCAGAACCGAAUGGUAUUUUGCAUAUUGGCCACGCCAAAGCCAUUAACAUCAACUUUGGGUAUGCAGCCGCCAACAACGGCGUGUGUUUUUUAAGAUACGAUGAUACCAACCCCGAAAAGGAAGAGGAAAAGUUCUUUACGGGCAUUCACGAUAUUGUCACCUGGUUAGGAUACAAACCGUAUAAAGUAACCCACUCGUCGGAUUAUUUCGAUCAGCUUUAUGAAUGGGCUGUAAAACUAAUCGGCAAAGGAUUAGCGUACGUUUGUCAUCAAACAGCUGAUGAAAUGAAGGGGUUCAAUCCAGAACCGUCGCCCUGGAGGGAUCGUCCAAUAGCAGAGAGCCUGCAACUAUUUGAGGAUAUGAAAAAUGGGAAAAUCGAUGAAGGCGAAGCCACUCUUAGGAUGAAAAUCACUCUGGAAGAAGGCAAGUUGGAUCCGGUAGCCUACAGGGUACGGUUUACGCCCCAUCAUCGAACAGGAGAUAAGUGGUGCAUCUAUCCAACUUACGAUUAUACCCAUUGUCUUUGUGAUAGUAUCGAACAUAUCACGCAUUCUCUCUGUACGAAGGAAUUUCAGUCGAGGAGAUCGAGUUACUAUUGGUUAUGCAACGCUUUAGGCAUUUACUGCCCAGUGCAGUGGGAAUACGGCCGAUUGAAUGUUAACUAUACAGUCGUUUCGAAGAGGAAAAUUGCAAAACUCAUUAGCGAGGGAAUAGUAAAAGAUUGGGACGAUCCAAGACUGUUCACCCUUACGGCUCUGAGACGAAGAGGUUAUCCAUCAGAAGCCAUUAAUAAUUUUUGUGCGCAAUUGGGCGUAACCGGAGCUCAAAGUACGGUAGACCCAUCCAUGCUGGAAGCUUUCGUUCGUGAUUAUCUCAAUAACGAAGCGCCACGACAUAUGGUAGUGCUACAUCCACUCAAAGUUACCAUAGAAAAUUAUCCUAAUUCCGCCCCUGUAAUCCUAUCGGUGCCAGAUUUUCCUAACAAGCUAGAAUUGGGAAGCCAUAAUGUCACGUUCGAUAGGGUAAUUUAUAUCGAAAGAAGCGAUUUUAUGGAGGAAGGAGAAAAAGGCUAUAGGCGUCUAACGAAGGCGCAGUCUGUAGGUUUGAGACACGCCGGCUAUGUACUAGAAGUGACGGACUUGAAGAGAAAUUAUUCGGGAGAUAUUUCAGAGGUGAUUUGCCAAUGCACUGCUGCCGAGAAAGCCGUAGUUAAACCCAAAGCUUUCAUUCACUGGGUGGCCAAUCCUAUUGAGAUAGAAGUGCGGCUUUAUUCGUCACUGUUUAAGCACAAAAAUCCGGAAGAUCCGAACGAAGUACCCAACGGUUUCCUAUCAGACUGCAACCCGGAUUCUCUGACAAUUUUGCAAAGUUACGCAGAUAAGUCUCUCUCAAACGUCAAGGCUUUGGAUAAUUUCCAGUUCGAGAGGACAGGAUUUUUUGCAGUAGACCCGGACACGAACGGAAACAAGGUACCAUCACUAGACUGACACAUAAAUAACAAUGCUGGUGGUGCAAAUGAUGCAAAUGUCUGCAACCUAACUCAUCAAAGUGGCUGUGAUAUCAUAUUUAAAAACCAGAAUUCACAGCCAAAUUGACGAUCACAGGGCAAAGACAACGACAUCGAAUAUGGUGUUGUGAUGCAACAAAGUGAACAAUGCUCAUCAAAGCUGGCUGUGAUAGAAUUGAAGCAUCUAAAACGUCCAACUCUGAUGGGCAAUGGUAACUCCUCUUCCUGUUGUUUUAGUUGAAUAUGGUUGUCAAGUAAAAAACAAAUGUGGUGGAAAUUGCUGAUACCUCAUGAAAGACAAGGUAGUGAGACAAAAAAAAAUAAUGAACAUCUCACUACCCAUGUCUUUCACAAUGAAACAGCAUGCUAUGGUGAA